AUGACUGAAGAAGCUUCGCACGAUGCUCGCAAUCUGCCACAAGAAAUUCGUUCAAAACUACUUCGGUUCGAUGGCGACCAUGCCAUUCACGAGUUCAAAUACGAUGAUCUGCCAGCGGAUAAGAAACAGAUCCGGCUCCUUCGCCUAUUACCAGGGGUUCUUGACAAUCCCCAAAUCGACUGCGAGAUGUUCGAAGCCGAAUUCAUUCAAUUCAAAGAGAAGCAUAAGCUGGUGAAGGUCACCAAGAAAGACACCCGAGAGAUUAUCCAUUACGAAGCAUUAUCAUGGCGAUGGGGCGAUGAGACCGCUGGCCCCUAUGCUGUUAUGAUAUUAAAAAAUGGCGCACUUUACAAGAAAAAAGUGUCAGAAACACUCGGUCUGGCGCUGAAAUAUCUACGCUAUGAGAGAAGAGAACGCAUUAUCUGGAUUGACGCACUCUGUAUCAACCAGAAUGACCACGAAGAGCGCAGCUCCCAGGUUUCGAUGAUGUCUUUGCUUUAUAGCGGUGCUGAUCAAGUCUGCGUGUGGAUUGGAAACGACGAUGAAGAAAGCAAGACAGCGAUCGAAUUCAUCACAAACGAAAUCAACGAGCUUAAAAAUUUCGAUAGGCUCUGCACCGACAAACAACAUGCUACAAAAUGGCGGGCACUUCUUGGGUUAAUGCAGCGCGCUUGGUUCUCUCGCCGGUGGGUUGUGCAGGAGAUCGCACUUGCGCCGAAGGCAACUGUGUACUGUGGACCAGACCGGAUACCGUGGCGAGAGCUGGCAAUUGCAGUCGAACUCUUUGUCGAAGUUGAAACUGCUACGCACAGGCUUUCGGAACUCAUGAAGAAGGACGACAAGUUGGGACUAAUCCCAAAUUGGUUUGAGCAUAUAUCCGAACUGGGAGCCAGUCUCCUCGUGAACGCCACGGCCAGGAUUUUCAGAGAAUACAGAAAGGGUUACGGUGUACCCUCAACAAGACACGUGCAACCUCGCCGAAGUUUGCUUAGUCUGGAGUAUCUAGUCACGUCUCUCUCAAUUUUCGACUGCGGGCGACCGCAUGAUUCGGUAUAUGCUCUCGUCGCUAUUGCACGAGAUGCAGCGCCAUUUCCGCCGACUUCGAUCACCGAGAGAACGAAGGAAGCUCUCAUCGCCGAGGUCUUCUCUAGUGAACUCGAACAAAAACCUUAUCCUCUCGACUACAACCUUCCCUACGCUGAUGUUUGCAAGGACUUCACUCUAUUUUGCAUCCAACGCUGUGCCGAUACCGACCCAGUCCAGGCCUUGGACAUUCUUUGUCGACCUUGGGCGAAAGACUGGCGACCUGGCGAGUUCAUUCCCCAUGAUCCGAAGACUGAUCGUAAGAAAGAAAAGCUCAUCGAACCGCAAGCCAAUAGCCACUCUCUCAACAUAGCUUACUGGGGGGACAAGGCAACGCCGAAAUACCAUGUUGCAUCAACUUCGACUGUACGGAAAUGGUUUCCUACUAUGGAAGAACAAGUCUCUGCCAAACAGAAAGCAGACUCGGCCAAAGUCCAGAGGGAGCCGGACAGGUCGAGACGGCAGGGAAAUAAGAGGCGGAAACUUCACCACGUUUCCGAAGACACAGUUCCAGAGAUUCGAGAACUCGGCUUACCAUCUUGGGUGGCGAGGAUUAAUGGCGCACCAUUCGACAUUUUCCCUCAUCCAGGAAUGGAUAUGGUGAAAAUGGGUCGCAAGAAUGCAGACCCGCUCGUCGGCAUCCCUCAAGACGGACACAGAAACUACAGUGCGGGGCAGUCAAAUGAAGUUGACCUCAAGAGUCUGAAGUUCAGAAGAAGGGCCCGGCUCGGCCACUACAGUCUCUACGUGAAUGGCUUUCGAUUCGAUAGAGUAAAGGAGGUUGCCCAAGUUUCCCAAGCCGGACAGAUUCCGGCUUCAUGGCUCGAUCUGGCUGGCUGGGAAAGUGCUCGAAGGCAAAGGUCGAUUGACGACGACCCCGGAGAUCCUCCCGAUGAGUUUUGGCGAACUCUCGUGGCUGAUCGAGGCCGACACGACCGAAAUCCACCAUACUACUAUGCUCGAGCUUGCAAGGAGACUAUCAUGAAAGGUGGCCUCCGAAGCAAUGCCGUGGAUACAACAGCUCUAAUAUACAACGAGCGUAAUUCUAUCAUCGCCGAGUUUUGCCGGCGAGUCCAAGCCGUCAUCUGGAAUCGAGCUCUAAUCCGAACUGAGAAGGGCAUCCUGGGUCUGGCGUCUGAGAAUGUAAAGAAGGGUGAUUUGAUUUGCAUAAUCUACGGAUGCACAGUCCCGAUCAUCUUGCGGAAAGGAGGUUUAAAGACAGUUAGAGAAAGGGAGAUGGAGAUUGUCGAAGACAGAGUGGAGGCCAUGCAUAGAGUGAUGCGAAGAUGUGAGAAAUUUAGGGCCCGCAAAGCACACUACUUGAGAAAGACAGAAGAGGAGAAACAGCAGAUUGCCAAAGCCUUGGAGCAGCACAAGGAAGAUGCAAUCAACGCAGAGCCAAACCACCACUUUGCAAGUAGGCGGAAAAGCUGGUACAAUAAGCGGAGAGCCCAUAGCGCAGACAGAGGGGAAGAGGAGGAAGUGGAGGAGCGAGGAGAAGAUUACAGUCCCUGCAGUCACGACAAUUCCAGUUCACCUGUGAAUAAGAAGAAAUCAAGGCAAGGGAAGGCAAAUCAGAGAGAUCCAUUCAGGCACUACGAGUUCUUGGGACAGGCUUAUAUUCAUGGAAUGAUGGAUGGCGAGGCUGUGCGGCAGAAGUUCUAUGCGAACAAACCAGACCAUGUUUUUGAAAUCAGGUGAUGGUCUGAGUUCGAGGGAAGUUGCAGCUUCGGGGAAAGACUUAAAGGGCCCCCGAGUAGCUUACCGCAGUGUCGAUAGCCUUGCGCUAGAAUACUUCAGAAAGCCGGACCGUUGAAGUGGCUUAUGAGGUAAAUUCAAUACUUUUGAGAUGCCU